UCACCGGACCAUGUCGGUCACAUGACCCAUUCCGGUAAAAGCGCUGUGCUCAUUCUAUGUGCCUGAAGAUUGAACCAUGGUGCGGUAUUUGUGCGUUCUGUUCUUCCUCGUAGUGCUCGCCACGGGCUCCACUUUCGCAGAUACUCCGGCCAACUGCUCCUACGAAGACUUGCUGGGUACCUGGGUGUUUCAUGUUGGGCAGGAAGGGCAGGACAGAAAUGUUGAUUGCUCCAAUAUGGGUCCUCCAAUAAAAACCGUGACUGUACAUCUCCAGAAGCUUGAUAUUGCUGAAAGUGAAGUUGGAACAUUUGGGUUCUUCACCUUAAUUUACAACCAAGGUUUUGAAGUGGUUCUCGAUAAUUACAAAUGGUUUGGUUUUUUUAAGUACAAGAAACAAGGCACAAAUGUAACUAGCUACUGUCACGAAACACUACCAGGAUGGGUGCAUGAUUCAUUGGGUCGAAACUGGGCUUGCUUUUUUGGGAAAAAGAAAGCCACGAAUGUAAGAACUAAUAAAGUUCAUUCCGAGAGAGACCUAUUACGCCUGUCACAGAGACCAUACAAGUCUAAUGUGGAUUUUGUGAAAGCAAUAAACACAGUUCAAAAAUCUUGGACUGCAGUGGUUUAUGAAGAAUAUGAAAAAUUCACAAUCCUUGACUUAACUAAACGUGCUGGCGGUCUUGGUUCACGGGUCCCCAGACGUCCAAAGCCUGCGCCUGUGUCAGAAGAAGUACUGAAGCUUGCAAAUUCUUUGCCAGAAUCAUGGGACUGGAGAGAUGUAGACGGAGUCAAUUAUGUUACUCCAGUUCGAAACCAAGGCACAUGUGGGAGUUGUUAUUCAUUUUCUUCCAUGGGGAUGCUGGAAGCUCGCAUUCGUAUUUUGACAAACAACACACAGACACCAAUCUUAAGCACUCAGCAGAUAAUAUCCUGCAGUAAUUAUUCACAAGGAUGUGCAGGAGGAUUUCCAUACUUGAUUGCUGGGAAGUAUGCCCAAGAUUUUGGUUUGGUUGAAGAAGAUUGCUUUCCUUACAUAGGAAGAGAUAGUCCUUGCACCAUGAAGAGAUCUUGCUACCAUUAUUACACUUCUCAGUAUUAUUAUGUGGGAGGAUUUUAUGGUGCUUGUAAUGAAGCAGUAAUGAAGCUUGAGCUGGUUAAAAAUGGUCCUGUAUCUGUUGCUUUUGAAGUUCACAAUGACUUUUUUCAUUAUCAUGGAGGAAUCUAUCACCAUAGUGGAUUAAAUGAUCCAUUCAAUCCUUUCGAGCUGACUAAUCAUGCAGUGCUGCUAGUAGGCUAUGGCACAGACCCCCAAACAAAGGAGAACUAUUGGAUUGUUAAGAACAGCUGGGGUGCAAGCUGGGGAGAAGAUGGUUACUUCCGAAUCCUUCGCGGCACUGAUGAAUGUGCAAUUGAAAGCAUUGCUAUAGCUGCUACCCCAAUUCCUAAACUUUAGAGAGGUAAUCUUGUAUGUUUGCUGAAAGUCAAACUGGAGAACCAUCUGAAUUUUGAUGUGUAUUUCUCAAAUAUCAUUUUUGAAAAGGUUUUGCCUUUUGAAAAGAUUUUUAUGUUGCUACACCGCCUUCAUUUGGUGUUUAAUGUUAUUGCUUAAAGCUGCUGGGCAAUGACUUGGCUUUAUGAAAUUCAAAAAAAUUUAUAAUGAAUGGUCUGAUUUCCAAACGAUUUUUGCACUUGUUACUUAAUAUCAUACAGCACUAAAGAAUGUUUAUUGACUUUCAAAUUUAGUUUAUUUUUAAUUGCAAAAUGUUUUUGCAUAAUCUGAAUUUAGACAAACUUGUAUUAAACCACAGAUAUUAUAGUAUGUUUUUUAAAAUUCAAAAUAAUUAGUUGACAUGCAUUCCUUAAGCAAAUAUGAAAACAGUUAAUUAUGAAACAAACUCUGAUCUGCCCAAAUACAAAAUUAUUGCUUUAAAUCACUGAUUAAAAUAUUAGUGUCCUCAUUGGCUCUUGACUGACAGGAUUUACUAUGAUCAUAUCUGUAAUGCAAGUUGGACAAUGCCACUUUUUAAAAGGGAUCAUACAGUUUUACAUGAAUAUUAAAAUAUUUUAGGCAUGUAUGCCUUUUACAUGUUGUGGCAGUGGGGUGUUUUCUAUCAAGGUUGCUGGGCAAACGUCUGAAUGUUUGUGUAGAGAUUUGAUAUUCCCUAUAUCUAUAAAUGGGUAUUUUGCAUUUGGUUUGUCAAUUACCUAACUUUUUGUCAAUAUUUUUAAAUGAUAUAUCUAUUCCAAUAAAAAUGAUAAAACAUU